GCCGUGAUGGCGCACACGCUGAGCUGUGGCGAGUAGUCCGACAUCAUGAGUGAAGAUGAAACCUGUCGUUUUCGUGGUGCUCCUGGUCCUGUUGGCCGUGGCCAGCGUGAGCCGCACCCAGGCCAGAACUUCUCUUCUGGACCUGACCAACGGCAUAGGAAGCAUCCUUCCCAGUCUGAGCCGCCCGGCCAACACCAGCCGCAUCUUCUAUGGCGUGAUGUUUGACGCUGGGAGCACAGGGACACGUAUCCAUGUCUACACCUUCAUCCAGAAGGAGCCAGCGGAGCUGCCACUUUUGGACAGUGAGAUGUUCCAGUCCAUAAAGCCUGGUUUGUCAGCAUAUGCUGACUCUCCUGAAAUGGCUGGACACACUGUGAGGAUGUUAUUGAAGGUGGCCAAGAAGACUGUCCCUCGUUUGGCGUGGAAGAGGACUCCAGUGGUCCUCAGAGCUACAGCUGGACUCAGGUUACUGUCCCCCGAGAAAGCUCAGGCUUUACUCGACCAGGUUCAAGACGUGUUUGAUGAAUCACCGUUCUUUGUCCCAGACAACAGUGUCAGCAUAAUGAACGGUACAAAAGAAGGAAUCCUGGCCUGGGUAACCGUCAACUUCCUGACAGGUCACCUGGAUGCGCGGACCAAGAAGACCGUGGGAAUCUUGGAUUUGGGUGGAGGAUCUACACAGAUCACUUUUCUACCAAAAUUAAGGAAAACCAUUGAAAGUGCUCCUGCCUUUGACUACAUUGCCAAAAUUGAUAUGUUCAAUUCAACUUACAAACUAUACACUCACAGCUACCUGGGGAAUGGACUGAUGGCAGCGCGGCUAGCAGCACUGGGAGCACUGGGAGCAGAAGGGCUGGAGUGGCGUAUCUUCAGAAGCUCCUGUCUACCAAAGAAGUUCAGGGAUGAGUGGAGCUUUGGAGGGCUCACCUAUCAAGUCAGUGGCAUCCCAGAUGGUUACGCAGGAUACAAGCUUUGUUAUCAGGAGGUACUUAAGGUUGUGAAGGGGAUUAUCCAUCAGCCAUACGAGCUAAAAGACAUCAGUGUUUUCUACGCGUUCUCUUAUUACUUUGAUAGAGCUGUGGAUGCAGGCCUUAUCGAUGGGACCCAUGGAGGGAUACUGGAGGUCAAAGAUUUCAAGAAGAAAGCUAAGGAGGUGUGCAAUAAGAUGACCAAGUACCGUCCCAUCAGUCCUUUUCUAUGUAUGGACAUGACUUACAUUACUUGUCUACUCAAGGAUGGUUUUGGCUUCGAGGAGAACACUGUGCUGCAGCUGACCAAGAAAGUGAACAACGUGGAGGCAAGCUGGGCUUUGGGUGCCACGUUUGAUCACUUCCACAACCUGAAGAUCCACUGAGGAGGAGGAAAGGGUGCGAAUAC